GAUGAUGCCAACAAAGAACGUCCAUAUGGUCACUGUUUAGUUGCUGGUAUUGACAAAUACCCACGUCAAAUUGUCAGAUCAAUGAGCAGAAAAACCAUCUUAAAAAGAACUGCCAUCAGACCAUUCGUCAAAGUCGUCAACUACAACCACAUCAUGCCAACUCGUUACAACUUUGAAGGUCGUGAUGAAUCAGCCUUCACUGGUCUCAAAAACACUGUUACCGUCGAAAGCUCCCAAGUUGCCAAACGUACCAACACCCGUUUAGCCGUCAAGAAAAUCUUCGAAGCCAAACACAAAGCCGGUAAAUCAAAAUGGUUCUUCUCUAAAUUAAGAUUCUAA